GUUUUAAAUUUUGUAAUAUUACAAAUUGGCGCAGCCGACAGGAUUAUUAGUACACAGUUGAGUUUAUAUAGUUUUGAAGUAGAAGUAGAAAAGAAUUAUGCUUUUCAAAUUCUUAGUACAGAAGAUCGAAGAUUCCUACAUUAUCUCCCGAUAUCAAGUAGAAGGGGAAGACGAAUGGACGGAGGUCGAUCAAGAAUUUCAAGGAAUCGAAAAUCAUCCCGCUAUUUCAUCCUCGGCGGUUUUUCAAACUGCUAGCCGGACGAUGACGAAUUACCGGACACUAACUAUUUCAUUAUCGGAGACAGAAGGUGAGCUUUAUCUUGAUAAAACUUUACUAAGACCGGGCGCUACGGACAGUACUCCUCCUACGGACAGUUCACAUGACCCGAAGUCGGAUGUGUUGGCGCAAAUGGUUCAGUUGCAAAAGCUGUACAUGGACCAACAAGCCGAGACGUUGAAAAUUAUGAACUCUUUUCGGCAUACCAUCGAAAAAAUGUCACUAAACCCAUCACGCGAUACGAUCAAUAUAGAAAAAUAUGAUGGAAAAUCGGAGGAAGCGCGUAUUUGGAUCAUUUCAUACGAACACGCGUGUGCAUCUCACAAAUGGGUUACCGACGAACAAAAGAUUCGUAACCUUCGAAAUUACUUGGAGGGAAUUGCCGUAAAAUGGUACAAUUCUCGAGUACUAGAUAGGAUCGGUGAUAAUUGGGAGGAAUGGAAAAACUCUUUUCUUAGUGCAUUCGGACAGAAUCGAAUCCAACUGUCCAUAUCAGCGGAUAUGUGGGAAUAUCGUGGUGGUUCACUAUUAGAAUAUUAUUUUCAAAACAACGGCGUAUCCAAUUUGCAUAUCCGGAUAUUGGGAAACAAAGCUUUAUCACCAUGGUAAUGCGUGGACUACCUGCGGAUAUGCAAGCUAUUCUUCUACAACACAAUUUUAAUGAUAAAGAAGACUUACGUGUCGGAUUGAGCAAAUUGGUACCUACCAAAAAAUCGGUACCAAGGAAAAUCGAAAGAAGGGAUAAUAAUAUGCGUGGUAACCGAAGUUUUACCUCUGUGAAUGAAAUUGAUAGUGGUCUCCCUUCCGGUAGAAACUAUUUGAAUGAGAAUCUGGAAAAUAGGGAAGAUGCAAAAAACGAGUAAAGAAGGGUUUACCGAUCCCUCUGACAAAAUCGGACCAUUGUUUAUUCACGGAUCAUAAUGAUCCUCGUGUUUUCUCAAUGGAAGUGAAUAACGUGCAUUGUGCGGUUUU